AGGAAGCCAUCUCCCUCCCCUUACAGAGAGAGGGAGGGAGAGAGACAGAGAGAGAGAAUGCAAGCUCAGGAAUAAGCCAGCAUCUUCGGGACUCUGGAGCAGAAGGAAGAAGAGGGAUUGUGUGUGUGUGUGUGUGGGGAGAGAAAGAGGAUGCAGAUUGCAACAAACCAGCUUUGAAUGCAGCGGGCGAGAGUGGCUUGUGCUGAGUGCGGGAUCAGGGGAUAGGACUCGUUCAUCAGACGCUGCCUCCUUCAUCAUUCACCAUGUCCCGCCGCUGCAGCCUCUGCCUGGGCAUCUUCUUGCUGCAACUUUUAUCAGGGACUUCCCUGCUGGCAGAGACGGUGCUGGGCCCGCUGGGCAACGCCACUGGGCGAUGGGUGCCCGCAGCCUCCGGCCAGCCGCUGACCAGAGCCCUCCAGCCGGCUUGGGAGCCGGGGCUGAACGGGAGCGGCGCCGCCGGGGACACCGCGCUGAAGAUCUUCUCCAUCGAAUACCAUCACGUCCAGGUGCCCUUCGAGAUCACCCUGUGGAUCAUGCUGGCCUCGCUGGCUAAGAUAGGUUUUCAUCUCUACAUCAAGCUUCCCUCCAUUGUGCCAGAGAGCUGCCUGCUGAUCAUCGUGGGACUGAUAAUGGGCGGGAUAAUCUACGGGGUGAACGAGACAUCGCCGCCCAUCAUGAGUACGGACGUUUUCUUCCUCUACCUGCUGCCCCCCAUUGUACUGGACGCGGGCUACUUCAUGCCCAGCCGCCCCUUCUUUGACAACAUUGGGACCAUCCUCUGGUACGCGGUGGUGGGGACCUUGUGGAACGUCUUUGGGAUCGGCUUGUCCCUCUACGGCAUUUGCCAGAUCGAGUCGUUUGGCCUGAAGGAUAUCUCGCUGCUCUACAACCUGCUGUUCGGCAGUUUGAUCGCCGCCGUCGACCCGGUGGCCGUGCUGUCCGUGUUCGAGGAGAUCCACGUCAACGAGCAACUCCACAUCCUGGUCUUCGGAGAAUCGCUGCUCAACGAUGCCAUCACCGUGGUUUUGUACAAAUUGUUUAAGACGUUCUGUACCAUGCCCUCGGUUGGAUUGUCUGACGUAUUUAUUGGAUUUAUAAAGUUCUUCCUGGUGGGGCUCGGAGGCCUUCUCGUGGGCUUCAUUUACGGAAUCAUCGCGGCACUCACCACUCGCUUCACCGAGAACAUCCGUGUGAUCGAACCUCUCUUCGUCUUCCUCUACAGCUACCUGUCCUACUUGACUGCCGAGAUGUUUCACUUCUCUGGCAUCGUGGCGAUAAUAGCUUGUUCAAUGAGCAUGAAACGAUACGUGGAGGCCAAUAUUUCUCAGAAGUCUCACACUACAAUCAAAUAUUUCAUGAAGAUGUGGAGCAGUGUGAGUGAGACCCUCAUCUUUAUUUUCCUCGGCGUGUCUACUAUCGGGGAUAAGCACGAGUGGAGCUGGCCGUAUGUUUGUUUCACAAUGCUCUUUUGCCUUGUGUGGAGAGCUGGUGGAGUGAUUUUCCUGACGUUUAUCGUGAACAAGUUCCGUGUGAACGUGGUAACGAAGAAGAACCAGUUCAUCAUCGCCUACGGCGGAUUGCGCGGAGCAAUCUGCUUCUCCCUCGUCUUCUUGCUUCCAAACUUCCCACAGAAGAAGAUGUUCACCACAGCCACCAUCGUGGUCAUCUUUUUCACUGUCUUUGUCCAGGGUAUGACAAUUAAACCACUGGUGGAGUUACUGGAGGUGAAGAGAACAAGCCUGGCUCCACCCACUGUCAGUGAGCAGAUUCACAUCCGGUUCCUGGACCAUUUGUUGGCGGGGAUCGAAGAUAUCUGCGGACAUUGGGGCCAAUAUUACUGGAAAGACAGAUUUGAAAACUUCAACAACAAGUAUCUCAACAAGCUAUUCAUCAGAGAACAGCAUCUGUCCAAGUCCAGCAUCGUGAUGCUGUACCAGAAGCUGGAGAAGAAGCAUGCCAUUGAGUUGGCAGAGACAGGCCAGCUGGCAGGGACAGCAUCGACGGCAUCUCUACAGAAUGAGAAAGCCGCUGAAGUCUUGAAGCGACCAGUGUCACCAGAACAGCUCGAUAAUAUCCAGGAGCUCUUGUUAAGAAAUCUCUAUCGAAUUCGGCAAAGGAUGCCGUCCUACAACAGGCACACCUUGCCGCAGGGGAAAAGCACCAACCAGGCCAAGGAGAUCUUCCUGCGUCGUCAGGAGAGUUUGCUGAAAGAUGACGUCUCUCUGAAUUCCGUAAAGAGGAGAUCGGUUUGUUUAGCCGAUGAGUCACAAAAGAAAGGCAAACUGGCCCGGUCCCUCACAGUUGGUGGAUACAGAGGCGAUGAAAACCAUCCCGAGAUGGAAUGUCCAAAGUUUCCCAAGUCCAUUUCAGUCACCCCGCAGCAGCCCAGCACAGCAGAGUGGAUCAACGAGGAAGAGCCCGAAAACCUGCAAACGCCGGAUGAAAACGGGAUCAAGCUGAAGUGGAGGGAUGAGAAUGAAACUGUGGCGGAAAGCAGGAGGUCUGGGCUCAAGUUGAAGCUCCAGUUCGCUUCUCCGGAUGCAAUUGACAACGGGUCGCCGCGGGAUGGGACGGACAACGGCGGGAGAAUCCCGCACCUCGCUCCACUGAGCAGGCAGUUUUCCGAGCAGGUCCAUGACAGAGGAACCGCGCAGAGCGAAUGAAAGGGAAGGUAGCCUUGAGUCACGAUGACGUGAGUCGUUUUACCCUCAACGUUAACAUGGAAGGGAGCAAAUUGAUUCAAGGGUUGACAUGAGACAAUUUACGUCCAACCUGUCCCACUUGGCGUUGUUUUCGGCCACUGCCGGCGUCAAUAGACAAUAGGUGCAGGAGUAGGCCAUUCGGCCCUUCGGGACAGCACCGCCAUUCAA